UGUGGUUGAUUUUGUGUUUUUUGGAGGAAAUUAGGGUGGGGAGUGAGAAUGUGUUGAGUGUGUUGGAAUUGUUUAGGGUCCUGACAUCGUUCCUCCUCCCCUUGUAUGCAGAAAUUGAGAUGUCUUCAGAAGAGGCCAGGAGUGUGGUGGAGAGUGAAGUGAUGCCUUUGGAGUAUGGUAGUAUGGAUACGGAGAGCAGUCCGUCUCCAACGAGUUCGGAGAGGACGGUGGAGGAGAGGAGGGAAGAAGUAGUAGUAGAGGAGGAGGAAGAUGAGAUCCCCUCAAACGUGUUAGAAUCUGGGGGUGGCGUAGAUGGGUGCUAUGACCCGGACUUAAAGAUAGUGUCUGAGGUGAGGGGGUAUGUGAGCGAAUUAGGUAGUAGGAGUAGCCUUAGGGGGUUAGUGGGAAACUGUAACCUUCCCCACCAUGUCCUAAUCUGGCCGGUCGGGGUGAAUGAGAGGGCAUGCUCAGCACCCCGAGACCAUUGGAUGCCCAUAUACCUGUAUUAUUUGAUUGCAGGGCUUAGGUUUCCCAUUCCAGAAUUACUGGUUGGGCUUUUAUUAGAUUAUAGUAUAGGAAUAACCCAGCUAACUCCCAAUGCCAUGAGGGCAGUAAUAGGUUUUCUUGUAUACUGCAGAGUUCGGGGGGUUGGGGUCCCGACAGUAAAUAUGUUUAAACAUUUUUUUAUAAUUAAGGCUGGGGGUAGGGGGGAGAAGGGAUGGUACUACUUCGGCCCUCGGUCGUCCAGUAAAGGGAAUAGGACUUUAUUUUCUGCUGGACCGUCAUCCAUCAAAGGGUGGAAAGAAAAAUUCUUCUUUGUGGACGACACCGAGUGGAGUAGGAGGGAUGCCGAAGUGGAACAGUUGUCUGCUUGGAAAGCUAAGAAAACCAAGCAGAACAACUAUAAGUUAAAUGAGGAUGAGGUGGGGGAGGUGGAGAAGCUGGUGAGGGAGGACGGAGACGUGGUGGACAUCCUAUACCUCACCAAUCCGCAGGCAAUAGAGGCUGCUGAGCUCUAUGGGCCAAGCUCAUUGAGCGAAGCUGAGAUGGAGGAGUUUACAAAUGCUGCUGGGGGACUGCACAUCCCAAAGAAGCCAAGGAAGAAGUCAACGACUUCAGUUGCGGCGAACAGAGGGGUGCCCGAGAGAGAGCGCCUGCCCAGCACUUCUGCCCGGGCCGUGGAGAGGAAGAAGAGGAGGGUGGCAGAGCUAGAAAACAAGGGGGGCGAGGUGGUGGAGUUCGUGCCCCAGCCUUCUCCUCCAGAAAUCAAUCCUGAAGACAGGGAGAGAGGAGAGGUCGAAGUGCGAGGCCUUGAUGGGGGCAGGGAGCGCACCCCUCCGCACAUGUACCAGAAAAGUUUGUUUGAGGCGACAAACAAGACUGGGGCGAAGCACUUCCUUAACGCUACCCUUCCUGAGGUGGAUAAGAUGCGGGCGAAGGACGAGGUGGUUAGCCAUGCAGGGUAUACCAUUGUGAGGCAUGCCCUGGAGACAAACGCUCUAGCGCAAGAGUAUGCAGAGAGCAUUAGAGAUCGUGCCAACUUGCAAAGGCAGUGCGACCAGCUUCAGAGGGAGAAGGAUGAGCUGCAGAAGGAGAAGGUGGAAUGGGAGAAGCAGAAGAGGGAGAUGCAGAGGAGGCUGGAUGAAGUUCUCCCUUCAGUGACCGAGCUUCAGAACGAGAAUGAUGUCCUGAGCACGAAGCUCGACCUCGAAGAACGUAAAAGGAAGAUCUGCGAGGAGAAACUCGAGGCUCAAGACAAAUAUAUGGACAAGAUGAGGAAAGCAGCCGCGGAGCUGAAGAAGAAUGUGAACCUACUGGUUCACAACGGGAUGGAGGAGCACAUUGGCAACUUCCUCAACUCCAGCACCUUCGAGGACAUCCUCAAACUCUACUGGCUGCCAACCGCAAUCGUGGCCUUCACCGACUGUAGAAAGAAAGUGAAGGCCCAGUACCCAGAGGUGGACGUGACAACAGUCACCUUUGGGGAACAAGAAGAAGGGGUGGAGGAAGAUGGGGAGAGUCUUUGUGCUGACUUCCGACCUCAGAUCACGUUGAGGUGGGAGCGUGAUGCAGAGGGGCGCACUAUGUUUCCUCCAACCUUCGAGGCUGAGUUGGUGGCAGUGGGGGGAGAAGAAGAAGAAGAAGAAGAAGAGCAAGGCACUGGAGUUGGGGAUUAGGCAGCAAGGGCCGAAGUGCAGCCUCCUGAGGUGCAUCCAGUCUCCUCUGAUGAGGUGCAGCAGCUGGCCCCUCCUGAAGUAGAA